AUGAUGGCAUCAUUCCUAACCUCAGACAGAAGUGUGCUAAGGGGCUGGGCUAUUCUAAAUGCAUUGUCUUGUCCUUGGAUAUAAGGAGCAGCAGGUUGCUGGAGACCCCAGUAGACCGUAGAGGGACACAUGGUUAGAAGUGCAUAGUACAUAUAUGUUUCUUAACUAACUGAAGUAAAUAUAAAGCCUUAACUAAGCAUUACUAGUUUGGCUUUUUGGACUAAAACAUGGUGUGGAGAAAAUGAAGAGGAUUAUUUCAAGCUGAACAUCUGCAUCUAUAAAACACAAUUAUAGACUUCUCUUUGAUAGUAAUUUGAAGUUUUUUCAAGAAACCAAGGGACAACAUCUAAUCAAGAUUUUCAGAGGGUAUACAGACCCAGCAGACUGGAGCUAAUGGAUUGCCCAGAAAACCCAGCAUUCUCCAUUGGAAGAUUCACUGUACAGCAUGCUGACAGCUUUAGGUCUGAUAAAACUCCUUAUAGGAAUGAUGGAGAUUUAGAAGUCUCAGGAGAUAUUGAAGAAACACUUGCCAAGGCAGGCAAGUCUGAAAGCAUGGAAUCCCUUGAAUGUUCAUCUGGUAGUGAUGUGGCUUCAUCUGGUUAUACUUCUACCACGGAUGGACAAGUCUUGGAAAUACCAGAAGAAAAUGUACAAGAAGCAUUGCAGCAUCUAAAUCAAUCUAUUGAGGCUUUUAGUCAUGGGCUUCAUAUGUUUCCCUGCUCCACAGAUAACAAAAAGCCAGAAGAUUGCUUGGACAAAAUUGAAGUAGAGUCUUCUCUGUCUUCUGGCAUUGCCCUAAAUCCUUCAGCCUUGCCCUAUUGCCAAAACCUGAUCACAAAGAGACAGUUGGCCUAUAACACUCUGGAUGCCACACCCAGGCAUGAAUUUUACAUAAACUCUGUAGCACCUGGGAGACUGAAAAGGAGUCGUCCAUCAUUAGAUAUUCUUCGCAAUGCUAUAUUGGAUGAAAAUGAAACAGUGCCUGUUUCCUUGGACCAAGAUCUUGAGACCGGUAACAAAAAUGAACCUGAGAACCCUGAAAUGGUGAACACAAAAAACAAUAAGAAAAAAAAGAAAGAAAGUGGACCUGUUCGUUUUGGAUGGGUAAAAGGCGUAAUGAUCCGAUGCAUGUUAAACAUCUGGGGGGUCAUCUUAUAUCUGCGAUUACCAUGGAUCACAGCGCAGGCUGGAAUAGGUCUCACUUGGGUGAUCAUUCUUAUGUCUGUGCUGGUGACUUCUAUCACAGGCCUAUCCAUUUCUGCCAUUUCCACCAAUGGCAAAGUUAAAUCAGGUGGGACGUAUUUUCUUAUCUCUCGUAGCCUGGGACCUGAGCUUGGAGGUUCUAUUGGACUCAUCUUUGCUUUUGCCAAUGCAGUUGCAGUCGCUAUGCACACAGUAGGCUUUGCGGAAACUGUUCGUGAUCUACUAAUUGAAUACAACGCAGUAAUUUCAGACCCAGUAAAUGACAUCAGAAUCAUUGGAGUGAUUACCGUGACAGUUCUCCUUGGUGUCUCAUUAGCAGGAAUGGAGUGGGAAGCUAAGGCUCAGAUUGUCUUCUUUUUUGUGAUCAUGGUGUCCUUUGCAAGUUAUUUUGUGGGGACAUUAAUGCCACCCAGUGAGGAGAAACAAGCCAAGGGGUUCUUUAGCUACCAAGGAUCAAUAUUCGCGGAAAACAUUGUUCCAGACUGGAGAGGUGAAACUAGUUCCUUCUUUGCCAUGUUUUCCAUAUUUUUCCCAUCUGCUACUGGUAUCUUGGCAGGUGCUAACAUCUCAGGAGAUCUAAAGGACCCAGCAGUGGCUAUACCAAAGGGAACGCUUUUGUCUAUAUUCUGGACCACCAUUUCAUACUUGGCUAUCUCUGCUACCAUCGGUUCCUGUGUUCUGCGUGAUGCAUCUGGCAUUUUGAAUGACACAAUCCCUAUAAAUGAGACAACAGAUUGUGAAGGACUAAGCUGUCAGUUUGGCUGGAAUUUCACUUCAUGCCGGGAAACAGAAAGUUGCUACUAUGGACUAGCUAAUCACUAUCAGGCAAUGAGCAUGGUAUCAGCCUUUAGUCCUCUCAUCACUGCCGGCAUCUUUGCUGCAACACUUUCCUCUGCUCUGGCCUGUCUUGUUUCUGCUCCCAAGGUCUUCCAGUGCCUUUGCAAGGACAAACUUUACCCUUUCAUUGGAUUUUUUGGUAAAGGUUACGGAAAGAACAAUGAGCCAAUCCGUGGAUACAUUCUCUCCUUUGCAAUUGCUAUAGCAUUCAUACUUAUUGCUGAACUAAACACCAUUGCUCCGAUAAUCUCCAACUUCUUCCUAUGUUCAUAUGCUCUUAUCAACUUCAGUUGCUUCCAUGCCUCAAUCACCAAUUCUCCAGGUUGGCGUCCCUCCUUCCGUUACUACAGCAAGUGGACUUCUCUUUUUGGAGCUGUUGUAUCUGUGGUCAUCAUGUUUCUCCUUACAUGGUGGGCAGCUAUUAUUGCUGUGGCCAUAAUCAUAAUACUACUGGGUUAUGUAACCUACAAGAAGCCAGAAGUAAAUUGGGGCUCUUCAGUGCAGGCUGGUGCAUACAAUAUGGCACUCACAUACAGUGUGAACCUAAGUGGAGUUCAGGAACAUGUCAAGAACUACAGACCUCAAUGUCUGGUGCUCACUGGACCCCCUAACUUUCGUCCUGCCCUGGUGGAUUUUGUUAGUUCAGUGACAAAGAAUACGAGUUUGAUGAUCUGUGGCAAUGUUGCUAUUGAUAGUGACAAGAUCACAGACUCAGAAGGACAACUGAGAUGGCUGAACACAAGAAAAGUAAUAUCCUUCUAUAGUAUGAUUUAUGAAAAAACUUUGAGAGCUGGAGCAAAAAAUCUCAUGCAGGUCUCUGGGUUAGGGCGCCUCAAGCCUAAUACUCUGGUCCUGGGGUAUAAAAGUAACUGGCAGAGUGAUUCAGUGCAGAACCUGGAGGAAUAUGUUGGGAUUAUACAUGAUGCAUUUGACUGCCAGUUUGCAGUGUGCAUUCUGCGUAUAAAUGAUGGGCUUGAUGUCUCACAGAAGGUUCAAGGUCAAGUGAAUUUGGCCUUCCAGGAUUCUGAUAAUGAAGCUUUCAGUGAUAAAGAGGACGAGAAAGAGCCCCACAGUCCCGUUCCAGAGAUUCUGAGUCAAACAAAUACUGAGUUCCAGGGCCGCCAAGGAAAAAAGAGUAUCCACGUCUACUGGCUGAGUGAUGAUGGGGGCUUGACACUUCUCAUCCCAUAUCUGCUAAAACGCAGAAGGCGCUGGAGCCAAUGCAAAGUCAAAGUAUUUAUCAGAUGCAGAACAGAAAAAGCAGAGGAGGAGAAAAAAGAAAUGCAGAGUCUUCUAGAGAAAUUCAGACUGGGGUUCCAAGAAGUUGUUGUACUUACUAAUGCGGAUCAAAAGCCUCAUUGCAGAAACAUGAAGGUGUUUGAGGACCUUAUUGCUCCAUACAAUGUCAGCACAAGGCAAAGAACAUCAGAGGAAGCAGAGAUCCCAUCAUGUGGCAUCACAGAGAAAGACCUUGUUCAUUACAUGGCUAAAUCCGAGCGCUAUGUGAGAAUGAAUGAGAUACUGAAGGAAAAUUCCCAGGAUGCAGCUCUUAUUGCAAUAAGCCUGCCUAUUGUUUCAAGAGACACCUGUCCAAGUUCUCUGUAUAUGGCUUGGCUGGCAAGCCUGUCACGUGAUCUCAACCCACCAAUUGUCUUCAUUCGAGGCAACCAACAGGAUGCACUCACAGUAUACUGCCAGUGAGCCGCUGGAAUCAAUUCAAACAUGGAGAGAAUCCAUGUUCUAUGUGGUGCUAUACACAGAACCUGGUGAAGCAUCAAAAGGCAUCUGGACUGCUACAGAAGACAAAGAAUACUUUGCACCAAAUGUUAUGCUGUAGUUAUAUGUAAAUACCAAGAUAUGUAACUCAAUAUCGAAAAAAGUAAAUGUCACAGCACUACAAUUUAAAAUUUCCAGUGGCAUACUGGAAUUAUAGUAUAUUUGCAGAGCCACAAGUCUGCAGAUGCUCUGAGAGAAAUUUGUUAGCAUUUUCCAUGAUGACAAAUUUUAAUUCUAUAUGUAAAUUAACCACUGUGCCUUUAUGUACAAUAAUUACCACUAUGCAUUUACUUUAUACUUAAAUUGCCUAUUUACCCUUUUAAUAGGGGGCAUUAUCUUAUUUUGAUUAAGUAGGUUGGAAGGUUUAGAAUAUAUUCUUUUUGUGGUGUUUUGUUAAAAGAAUAUUUAAUAUGGAAUGGUCUGCAAAUGUAACUACAUUUUAAUAAAAAAAUGGCAGCCUCGAGCUGCUGCAGACAGAAGUUAAUGUUACAAAAUCUAAGCCACACUUUGUAAAAUGUAUUGUAUAUAGUACUUUUCAUGUAAUAAAAGAUUCUAGAACACA